UGCACUUUUGUGUACACAUUUCCAAUUGUCUACACCCGCGCAUACGUAUACGUCUAGUGAGGAACACCACAAAAAAGAAAUGCUCAAGUGGGAAUGAUUUGUGCAGGGCUCGGUUGUCAAACUGACAGUGUGCUUAAAUCAGUUUAAAUCAGGAAGGAAAACAAAGUAAAGGGUUUUAAAAUCAAACUUUCUGCAAAGUGCCACCGAUUAUUCAGUUGAGAUACGUUAGCAUUUGGCGAUACUUUCAGGGGAGUCUUUGCUUCCACUGCCAAUCAUUAAAUGCAAAGGACUUCACACUUUGAAAACGGUGAGAGAAAGCGAUACCAUGUAUUAAAUGGUAACAACUGACGUCAUGUUACAUAUGGAAAAAUCAUAUCAUAGAAAAGGACUUAUUCAGAAAAAUAACAAUGACGUGCUCUGGCUCGAUAUCUCAAAUGAAGCUAGAAGCGGUGUUACCAACCUUAGGAGCUGUACCGCAUAUUGUUACUACCUUGAGACAACCUAACGAAAAUUAUAACUCAAUUCCAAUUAAUUGGAUUGAAACGGCAAAUAUGAAAAUUAAAGAAGAGCCCGUGGCAGUGAGUAAUAAUAGAGCGAGCCAUUUGGGAAUAUCUUUUGCAAAAAUAUAUGUGAAGGAGACAUCAGGUUCUGACUGUAUCUUGCCUGAAAAUAUUGAAUCACUGUCCAUCGAUGAAGCAAUAAAAACAGAAUCCUGCUUUGGCAACACAAAGGAGCAAUUUUAUGAUGAUUGUACCUCGAUAACAGUCAAUGGAAUUCAAAUGGAGAUAAAAGAAGAAGUAAUCAAUGACGAUAAUAUUCAGCUGUCGUUAAAAGAUUCAAUGGUAUCUAACGAAAAUGAGUACAAUUACUCGCAAAUGAUGGCAGUUAAUGAUUCCAUUCUGCCAGAUAUUAAUGUUCCAUAUUUAAAUAGUCGUGGCAACGAACAUGUCAAACCUGUGUUAAUGAGUUGUGCAGAUGGCAGUUACGUAACAAAUGAUUUUUCGCUGCACGAUAUGAAUACUUUUGCAAGAAAUGACUUAAACGUGAAACAUAAUAUUAAUUUCCAAAAGGAAUUUUGGAGAAAGGAAAAUGAGGAUGCAAAACCUAUAUUAAUAACUGCAGUAACUGGUGGUUCUGUAGCAAACGAUCAGCGCUUGCACACUGAAAAUUCUUCAAUAGAAAAAUAUUCAGAAGCAGCUGCAAGUGUAAGUACUCAUUUACCGAAGAUUUCUGAAAUUGUUGAUUCAACCGUUUUUAACAAGAGGAUUAAAAAAUCCGCCGAUAAUGGUUACCUACAGCAACCACAAUGUAGUCCAAGUGUUCGUACGGAAAGGCCUCCUAACGCAGUUAUUGGUGAUGGUAAUAACUCUUCGUUGGUAUCGAAAACGCUUUGUUCGAAUACUGGACAAGAUUCAAACCCGCUACUAAUACACAGUAGAAAAAACGAUCAUACGACAAAGGUUUUGACCUCAGGAGUUACAGAAUCUUGCGCAGAGAUUUCUAAUAAAUCUGUUCGGAGCAGUGCUGAUUCAUUAUCGAUACCAGAAAUACUUUGCAUCAAUUCCGGACAGGGUGACAAAUCGAAAACAACGGAGCGGCCAGAAAAUCAACCUAAAAUAUUUUCUUGGAAUACUUCUAGUGGAAAAAAUGGCAUAUCGACGUUAAUGAAUAAAAAAAAUAGUGCUAGUUUGCUGAAAGUCUCGAACCUGCAGAAUGUGAAAUCGAAAAACCACAUAAAUACAGUUACAAACAAUAAUAAUCCACUAACAACGCUGUUGAACAGUGAGAGAAACAAAGCGGUAGCACACGGUAACGGUUCGUCAACAAAUUCAAUGUCACUCCAUACAAGAUCAUCAAAAUUUGGUAGUUUAGACGCCAAUGCCACUUUAAUAAAAAUACCUGAAAUACCUGAUAUACUUGAAGUACUCGAAGUAAGCACUCUCAACGUGCGCAAGAAAAUGUUACAAUUAGGGAAAAAAAACAACGGCGAUCUAGUAUCAAAUGACUCGGUUUCACAUGAAACGAGUAAGGAAAUAAUCCCGAUUACAUCUGUAGGUGCAAAGUCUAAUCUACCUAAGGGAUCGCAAGUAACUUGCAACAAAUCUCUGAGUAGAAAAGUCGGACGCAAAGGCGGAAAAGUUUCUUCGGACAAUUCAGUGUUAAGCAGGAUGGAGGCGAACAAGAGUACAAAUUCAGCUGCAAUUGGCAAUACUAGUUUGCAGAAAUUUCGCGUAUUAAUUAAUGGGGCGCGUAGUGAAUCAAGUAAAAGAAUUUCAUUAACAGACCAUAAAAACGGUGUUCGGUCAUCGAAUCAAUUUGCAGUACCAGUAACUAAUACAGAAAUUAAAUCGAAUUCACCCUCAACAGAAGUUACCGAUGCACAAAAAGUGUUUAGAAUGAUUCGCUCAUAUCUCCGGGAUAAACAAAGUAUCGAGACUACACCAGUGAAUGAGAAAUGCAACAAACCUUUGUUGAAUGAUAAUGUAGUACCUUGUAAGGUCAUAAAAACAUGUUCGAGCACACGUGUGAACAAAAAUAAAAAUCUAUCGCAAGUGAAUUUUUUAAGGACUCGCACCAAGCUUGAUAAAAAGACUGAAACGGUGAACUGUGAAAACGAUAAACAUCCAUUGAAUGACAUUCGAAAGGUUCGGGAGAAUGUAGAAAAACAUUCAAAUGCAGCUGCAAAAGAAACUAUUAAUCUUGCAGACAUUACUCAAGCAUUACAUUCUAGUGCUCGUAUCAAAGAAAGUGAUCGACCGACCCUAAGGAGUGACAAAGAUUCAUCAGAAAUAGCAGUGAUAUUCGACGCUAGUAAACGGAAACAUUUAAAUGCAAACAUGAAUUCAAAAUGCAGUUUACCGAAACUAUUAAGAGCACAAUUUUUGCGAAAAUUCGUGGCACAAAAAUGUAGUAGAGCCAAUGAAUUUUCUCCGAAUGUCUCCAUACUAGCUUCAAAAAAUACAGAAAAGCGUUUGAGUGCAGCUGUGAGAAAAAACACAAAUUCUCUGCGAAUCGCUGCAAGUUUUCAAUCUAAUUCUUCUAACGACAAAAAUGAUCUUGGCUGCAAGACCCCUAACAUGAUCAAAAAGAAAUAUGUAGCCCAUUUCCAGAAGAAUUCCUCGGUACUCGCUACAAGUACUAGUGUUAAACAUUCAGAGUCGUUAGAAAAUGCGAAUACAGAUUUACAGGAAAAAAAGUGUGCUCCUCAUGUUGGUGCAAGUGACCAAGAUAUUUCAAUUUUCUCAGUUAAAAGAAAUGGUAAUACCAAUGGUUAUAAUAAUAUUUCUUUGCUAAAGCAUCGUGUGCCAGAAGCGAAUACUAGUGACAAACAACGAUCAAAAGAGAAUACCGAUUUACCAAGACAAUCGAGAUCAAAUUCCUUAAAUACUUUAAAUAACCAAAUUAAACGUUUCCAUCAUCUUAAUACAACAAGAGAGGCAAUUAAUGAAGUUAUCGUCGAGACUAAUUCAUCUAAAGAAUCCAAUGCAACUGGCAGCAAUCAAAAGGAAACGCCCGUCAAUGAUUGCAAAGUGCUAAAAAGAUUAGAGGGUAGCGCAGAGUUCUCCAAUGAUCCUCUGACAAAGGAUCGCUUCACCGAUGCAAGUGCUUUGAAAGAAACAGAACCAAGUGGGAACACUAACUUUGAAAAAACCUCUAAUUUAAAACGAGUGACAGGUGAAAAAGUAGUGAAUACUAAUUUGCAAGUGAAAAAGUGCAGAACACGUGACUCAAGCAAUGAAACCGAAGUGCAAAUGUGGGAUUUCAAGGCACUAAUGAAGUUAUACAACAAUAUUGAAUUACCAAGCGAAGAGUGGGCCGUGGCAGUUAAUAAACAAGGCAAAUUUGUGCAAUUUAUGUCAGUGCAAAAUGAAGACGUCUUACGACAUGUCAAGAUUUACUCAGACUUGUCGGUUCAAGUUCUUUUGGACAAAUUUCCCAUCAAAGUAAACGGGAUAAAUUUUCUAAAAUCAGAGUCGGAUGUUGGAAAAAUUCUCAAAACUGUUAAUGGUCUCCGAGUGGAGAAGAAGUUCUUAGACACAAAAAGGACUGCUAAAGAGGAAAAGGAAGGGCUUUUGUUGUCUAAUGAUGUCAGCGAAAUAAGCAGCAAGCCUUUUAAGAAUCCUAUACAAGUUUUGAAUGAAUCUUUGAUGGCAGAUUGCGUUAAAACAGAAUGCAACAACUCUCCAAAACCCUCUACUACAAGCGAUACGAGCAAAUUAAAGUGUGAAGGUGACAGUGACCAAAAUGAAGGAAGCCAAAACCCCAUAAAAUUGGUGACAGACUCAAAAAAGGAAUCAAACUCCCUUAAAGGGCCUCGGUCACUGAGCCUGAGUUUUUGCGAACCUUCUAAGUCAACUACCGAAGAACAAGAUCUUCCUCGGGAUGAAAUCUUAGAAAGGACUCGUCUCAGAGACGAAGUAAGCGAACUCAAAUUACUGGAUAAUCUCAAAAUGCGAAAGAUCAGGAGGUUACAAGUCAUUAGUUGGAAGCAGAAAAGAAAGAUCAAUAGUCUCGCUGUUACUCUAAAGGCGUUGAAAAAAAGGCACGCAUCAUUAAUUAAGAAAAAGUGUCACUAGCGUUUCUAGCAAUUUUUUUUUCUUCUAGGAUUUAUCAUUAUUAUAACAGUUAUAUAAGGAUGAUUACUAAGAUUUGCAUACAUUUUUGAACGAAUGGGUUAUCUUUCCAGAGAAGAACAAAAAUGUAUAUAAAAUAUCAUUGUGUAAAUGAGUGAGGUUACAAAAUUCUAGGUUACAAAUGAUGAAACGUUAGUAAUUUGGAAGUUGUUGCAGCUCUACAUGUUUCUUUUAUUGUAUCUUAAAUGGAGGAUGUAAAUCCUACGAUAAUUAUUUCUUUUGUUAGUAUGUAAAACAAUAUAUUUACUACUCACGAUUUU